AUGUCAGUAGCCCAAUGGAGACUGACGAUGGAGCCACCCACAGGACCAGUAUUCGACGCAUUUGAUAUCAGGGUGCUCCUCAUUCCAGGCUCGAUUGGCAUGAUUGCUUCAAUGAUCUUCCUCAGUCUAUCGACAGAAUUCUACCAAAUGCUCCUCUCCUUCGGCGUCUGCGGCGGCAUCAGCGCCGCCUUCCUCUUCAACCCAGCCCUCUCCGCCAUAGGUCACUGGUUCUGCGAGCGCCGCGCCUUCGCGACAGGCGUAGCCUGCACGGCCGGCGGCCUCGGCGGCAUCGGCUUCUCCCUCAUCAUCCAGUACCUCGCGCCCCGCAUCGGCUUCCCCUGGGCCAUGCGCAUCAUCGCCUUCCUAUCGACGGGCAGCCUGGUCGUCACAAACAUUUUCCUCCGGAAACGCCUCCCGCCCAAACGUAAAGCCAAGGCCCUGAUCGACUUCCGUCUCCUGCGCGACCUCAAGUUCGGCGUCGCCGUGGUGGCCAUCUUCUUUGUCGAGUUUGCCGUCUUUAUACCCUACACGUACAUAUCGUCCUACGCCAUUGAAAAGGGACUCGGCCUGCAGAAAUCUUUCCUCCUCAACGUCCUGCUCAACGCCGGCGCGAUACCGGGCCGGAUGUUACCGGGUUACAUUGCCGACCGCGUGGGCGCCUUCAACACCAUGUGCGUCACGUCCCUCUGCUGCGGCGUCUUGAUUCUGGGGCUGUGGCUCGCCGCCGGCGACGUGGAUGCAAAGAUCAUGUCCUUUACCACGCUGUUUGGCUUCUGGUCCGGGGCUGCGAUCAGCUUGUCGCCGGUGUGCAUCUCCCGCGUCUGCAAGAUUGAGGAUUAUGGCAAGUCGACGGGCAUGGCGUAUUUUAUUGCGAGCUUUGGUGCGCUGGUGGGUAUUCCCUUGGCGGGAUUCCUGCUGAAGACGGGGACUGAGCCGUAUCGGAACUUGAUCUUUUUCGCGGGGGCGGCGUACAUGGUUGCAUUUUUUGCUUUUUGUGGUGCCAGGGGCAUCGCGGGCGGGUGGAAACCAGCGUUAUUCUAG